AGUCAUUGUACAUCUUCAGUUGAGCUAUGGAAUAAAUCAUGAUCAUCUUCUUCCCCCUUUCUCAUGUUCUGCAUGUUUUCUACGUAUGAACGUAUGCUGUAUGCAUGAUCUCGUACGUUAUCUUCUUCUAUUCAUUCCUAUAAGAUAAUCUGACUUGUAUCAUUGGUAUAAGAGACUCUCGACCUGAUUACUCAAAAUUCUGACAACUGUUUAAUAAAGUAGUACACGAUUUCGUAAGGUAGGAUGCAUGGUGCAGACAAGAAAUUCGAAUUCAGAGAUGGACGAAGCACUGAAAUCAUAUAGCAGGAGUUUGAUCAAAAACUGGAGAAUCAAAAUAAAUUGCUGAUGGAUAUGAUGUGUAAGAUCAUGAGAAAGUUGUGGAGAUGCAGAAAAACAAACUUGUUGUCAAGGGCGGAGCUAGAAUCAAAUGGAGGGGUGAGUCGAUCUAUUGUUUUAUAUAGUAAAACUGAUUUAUAAAUCAAUGAUGUGCCAAACUCUUAUUGGUUACUAAAAAUUGUAUUAUCACUCCAAUUAAAACAUUUAGUUAAUUCUCCCUAGGUUCAAAACUUCACACGUUCCUUCACUAGAGUUUCACUUUAAUUAGGCCAACUAAUUUAAUUUGGAGAAAAGAGAGAAGAAAAAAUCUUUUAUUUUUAAAGCAUUAUAACUUUUUAAUUUAUAUCAAAAUUAAAAAAAUAUAAAAAAAAUAUCAAAAUUCAUAAUUUUUUAUGAACUUUCAUAUGACAGUAAUAUUGCAUAUGUUAAAAAAUGUGAAGAUCUAAUUAAUGGAGAUUUUUAAGCUUAAAACUUUUUUUAUCAAUAAAGCCCAAAACUUUUUUUGAGUAAACUCAAAUUUUAAAAUUAAGAUCUUAUAAUUAAUUUUUACUUUUUUAGUUAAUUUAUCAAAUAAAGUGUAAAUACCGGAUUAUUCCUUAUUAUCUAUUGUUAUGUAUAGUAAUCUUGAAUUAUGAAAUGCUAUGUGUGGCUCUCUUAUUGACUUUGCAUAAUACAUGCUAACAUUACUUUAAGUUUAAAAUCAUUUUUAUAGCUCAUUAAAUGAUAUUUUUUCAAAAAAAAAAUUAAGUGAUGCAAGUGCUAAUAUAAUAUGUAGUAUAAAAACCACUUCAACAUUACAACAUUUAAUUAUUUUGUAAAAGUACAUCUACAUAAUAUGCUUAAUUGAUUGGAUUGUGCAUUGAAUCUUUUUUUUUAACCCGAAAGGUAAACCACCCAUCGGUGGGGCAAAUGCCGGGGAACAUUUGACGUGUUUUAUUAGAAUGAUCAAAAAGUACAAAAAGAGAGGGGGACUAGGCCGAUACCUCUCAUUUUUUAAUACAAAGAAACAACAAGCUAUCGAAAAGUAAGGUAAGCCCAUCAUGUCAAUAGAUAAAGAUUUUUUUAUCAUGUGGGAUACAUUAUUGUGAUCAGUAUAACAAACGAAAGGUAAAUGAGUAGAAUAAUAAUUUUGUGCCAUAAGAUGAGCAGUCAUGUUGGCUUCCCUGAAAAUAUGCCGAAUCUCACAUUCUGCCCGUUCGAGAUCUGUUCGAAUAGAGACCAGUUGUAUCUUCCAUCUUCCCUCAUAGAAUCUAUCUUUUAAUAACCUCAGCAACUCUAAACAGUCCGUUUCCAUCUCAAAAUCUGGAGUAACCUUUAUCUAUAGCCAAAUGGAGAGCUAUUUGGCGCGCUUGAAUUUCUGCCUCUAUAGCCGAUGAAGCUUGAAGAGCAAAGCUAAGACCAAAUAUCAUUUUCCCUUCCCUGUCGCGCAUCACUGCCCCACCUGACGAGCUACCUGGAGUGAAGGAAGCAUCAACAUUAAGCUUAAACAAGGUUUUUGGUCUAUCCCACUUUAUCAUCUUCAUCCCCUUCUUUGGCUUCAGAAAAUUGGCUGCUAUAAGAUUAUCUUGAAUAAGACUAUCAACACCCUUAUUGUCCUUGCUAUGCUUUAGGGUCUUCGACCAAUUUUGGGAAAAUAAUUUUAUUUGCCAAAUAAUAGAGUCAGCCGAAGGGAUAAGAUCAGAGGAACCCCAAAUUAAUUUAGCAUAUACGUAGUAUCUUCCAAAUAUGCCAUAGGAUAAUUCCUGGCAUAUUCAUUCUGAAAAUACCCAGCCAAGAAUGAUUAUCUGCUUUGAGCCACCAAAAGAAUAACAUCUGCCUUAGGGAAAUAUGUUCCCUGUGAUUUGGGAUUUCAAGAAUUCUCAUGAAAUGAAACCAUACCUCCUUAAUCACAGGACAAAAGUAGAAAAUGUGGUCUAUCGAUUCUGAAUUUUUCUCACAGAAUGGACAUCUAGAGGGAUAGAUCACCAUGUUGAAUCUGAUUAGAUUCUCCGCAAUAGGAAGCAUGUUAUUAAUGACUUUCCAUUGAAAGAUUCUGAUUGGUAAUGUCUGAAAUUUAUUCCAAAUGCAUCUUGAAGACAAAGUGCUUGACUUCCUCCAUCUGAUUUCAUGGAAAGCAGAAGACGAUGAGAACUGACCAUCCUUUUCUGGCUCCCAAAAAAGAUUACCCAUAUCAUCCAAAUCAGAUAAGUUUUCUCCCCUAUCAUUAAUUUGACACAAUCUUCUCCAUAUGCAAGAAUCAGUGAAUUUUAGUAUCAUAUUGCCAUCUCUUGGGUACCUAGCAUUGCAAAACUUAGCCCAAAAGGGGAUUGUGCAUUGAAUCAUAUUGUAAAUCAUGUUUCAAAUUCAAUAUAUCAAUUAUACGCAUAAAUACACUCAGUUUAUACUGUGAAUAAAGAAAUUAUGAUGUGAAAACAUGAUAACAAUAUGCUAUAAUUUGAACACAGUCAAAAUCUUCACAAUAAAAAUUCAUACAUAACACUUUUAUUAUUCUUCAAUUAUGCACAACUGCAAGAAUAACAAUAAUAUACCCUCAUCAUUCCAACGAAACCAAUACGUGGCCGCAACGGGGAUAGGUUGGGAUCCAACAUGUGUUGCAGUUGCAAUAAUAUGGUUGCAUUCUGUAGCAUGACGGCAUAGGUGAAAUUUCAAUUCACGGGGGAAAUCUACUACGUAACAUGUGUUACAUAACCGCAAGAAUAACAAUAACAUACUCUUAUCAUCCCAACGAAACCGCAACGUGGCCGCAGCGGGGAUAGGUCGGGACCCAACACGUGUUGCAGUUGCAAUAUUAUGGUUGCAUUAUGUAGCACGUCGACAUUGGGCCUCAAUGGAGGUGAAAUUUCAUUUCACAGGGGGAAUCUACUACGUAACCCAACGAAACUGCAACGUGGCCACAACAGGGAUAGGUCGGGAUCCAACAUGUGUUGUGGUUGCUAUAUUAUGGUUGCAUUCUAUAGCAUGAUGGCAUCGGGCCGCAAUGAAGGUGGGAUUUCAAUUCAAGGGGGAGAUCUACUAUGUAACCCAAUGAAAACGCAACGUGCCCGCAAUGGGGCCAUACCGGAUCGUUUCAUGACAUCAAUAGUAAUUAUUUUCUUAUUCAGUUUGAACGUAAAAUACACUGCAUCAAGCCGCAAUACACAUCACAAAAGCUGCAAUAGCCGCAACCGCAGUGAUCACAAUCGCAACGCCGCCGCAAUAAAAAACAUUGGUAUAGAUUAAAGAGUAAAUAUACGUAGUAUAAUAUAUGAUGAUGGACAAUUUAAAUAUAGUAUGCCUUCAUUGGUCUAGCAGUUUGAUUGCCGAAUAAGCAAUGUGACAGUAUGUAUAGUAGUGCCAAUUUCAGUCCAUCCUUUGUUAGUUUGCUCUCAUUAGUGCUCUUGUAACUCUUUAAUGCAUUCUGAAUAUCUGCACGAGUCACAGUUAUCUUGGCCCCUAAAUAAUUUGUUCAUACAUCUCCCUGAAGCUCCUCUGAAAUAUUUGGCUUCGCAGCUCCAAACUUUAAAGCACACAUUAUUGCCAAAUCAUGCUUCUGAAAAUUGAUGACACUGUCUUUAAUGUGAAACCCGAUUACACCGUUAUCUGUGUUUCCAUUAACUUCAGUCAAAAAGUUUCCAAUCAAUCCCAAAAGCAAUUGUCCACUGAGCCAAGACAUGUCUUCUAUUCUUAACAUCCAACCAAAGACAGUAUUGUUGAACUCUGUCAAUUCCUCUUUGCUUAGAUAUGUUAUUAUUUUCCUAAGAACCUUAACAACAUUGCACUAGCUAGGAGUUGUGACGUGCACUUUGUCGUGUGUGCACUCAAAAUAAAUCGAUACUAACAACUAUACGUAGUAUAGCGUAGUAGAGUUCGUAUCCACAGGGAAAGGAAUAAUUUAUCUUUUUAAUGAAAGGAGUAAAUAAAGGGGGUUUUUGGUUGUUGAGUGAUUUAAUUAAAUUAAACACGAAGAUGAAUGAGUUAUAUGGGAUUAAAUUCAAGAAUAAAAAGAACUUGGUCUUGCUACUUUCCACUUGUUGAUAUAUUUUAGUCGAUCAUUGUUAUAUCUAUAACUUAUCCCCUCUCGAAUACUCAAUCGCGGAGUAUCUCCAAUUCAUCGAGGGUAGUUAUUAAUAAUGACCGUUCAUUAAUAACCCUUACUAUUUAUCAAAUAUAGAACAACGCCGUAUACCGAUAUAAUAGUAGCAUUUAACCUCUUUAACUCCUUGAUGAAAUCAAUUAAGAUUGAUAACCUCAACACAACGGUUUCGGUUUAACCAACAAAAUCAAUCCCUCUUAAGUUUAUUAACCACGACCGUGCAUUAAUAAACUGAAGUUACUUACUUGUGAAACCAUCAACGUUUAACCAUCGGUUCGUUGAUCGUUUCUAGUAAUAAUCAAUGUCGGAAUGUUAACUAAUCGUCACUUAGCCACCCUCCAACAUUAAUAUAGAAUGAGAUUAAGGGAAGAAUUAAUAAUCAAGAGGAGAAAGUAAGAAAAUAACUCACAACUUUAAUAAUCAACAAGCUUCAAGAGCAAAACCAAGAAAUGGAAGUUUAGCUCCUCAUUUGGAGACUAAACAUGCUAAAAGAAAUAUAGAGAAAUGCUAUUCUAAACUGAGCUUAAGAGUAUAAAGGAAUUGGUCUCUAAGAGUGAAGCAAAGGAGGUGUAUUUAUAGGCUUUUUGAGGUGCAGGUCGGGUACUCGAUCGAGUAUAUACAUAUACUCGAUCGAGUAUGUGUAGAAACUCGAAUUCGGUCCAUACUCGAUCGAUAUUCGAGUAAAAUUCAUAGCUAUACCCGAUCGAGUAUGUCGGUGUACCCGAUCGGGUAUAGACACUCGAUCGUGGGAAAAUCUUCUCCUGCAUGUUUCUUUGUUUUCGGAUCCGAUCCGAUUUGAAGUUUCAACCAGAUACCCGAUCGAGUAUGGGUGAUACUCGACCGAGUAUAGACCAAAAUCAGGAUUUUCCCUUUUUGUCUUGUGAUUUUGCACUUUCCUUCCACUUUUGGGGUUCACCAACUGUCCUUUGAGUGAUGGUAGACCUGUUUGAGCUCAGAAUAAACCUAAUCUAAACAUUUUACAAGAUUUUAACAAACUAAACUAUUACACCAAAAGUAUGUAAUUUCCGAAAUGCUAAACAAUAGAAAGUAACUAAAAAUGCAAACAUAAACACGGAAAUUACACGUGUAUCAAGUUGACACGCAAGUCUUCCAACUUCACCAACACUGAUUUCUUAAAUACUCUUGUUAAUUUCUGUCAAGUUUACACAAAUGUAGGCAUUUCAAUCACCAUGUACAAAAUGACUAAUAAAAAUGACACUAUAAUACAAAAUGCCACCAUAUGAUCUAAUAAAAAUGACUAAACUGUACUGUCAUUAGUGCAUCAGUUCUCAAUUUUUCAUUCAAUGUGAUGUUACUACCUCCGUCCCCCUAAGUUUGGGACAAAAGAAGGUGACACGGUUAUUAAUAAAAAUGAGUUUAUGUGGUUGAUAUUGAAUUGAUAAAGUAAGAAUAAAGAAGGAAUGAUUUAGAACCACAAAAAAUUUACCAAAUAAGGUAUGGGACAAUCUUAGUGGGACGGACCAAAAAGGUAAAAUGAGACAAUCAUAGCGGAACUGAGGGAGUAUUUUGCUUUCAACCUAACCUAUAUUCAUACAACUUAACUAUUUAUGGCAGAAAGUCAUGAUAGUCUGCAUAUAAGGUUGCAAUGCCAAUAUAUAACAACAUAUGCAUGUAAUGUCAGUAUGUCACUUUCAUACAAAAUGCCACCAAAUGACCUCAUAAAAAUUUACUAAACUAUCAUUAAUGCAUCAGUUCUCAAUUUUUCAUUCAAUGUGAUGUUAUUUUUCUUUCAACCUAACAUAUAUUCAUACAAUGUCACUAUUUCAAAUAGAAUUUCAUGAUAGUGUGCAUAUAAGGUCACAAUGCCAAUAUAUAACCACAUAUGCAUGGAAUGUCACUUUGAUACAAAAUACCACCAAAUGACCUCAUAAAAAUUGACUAAACUCUCAUUAGUGCAUCAGUUUUUUAUUUUACAUUCAAUGUGAAGCUAUUUUGCUUUCAACCUAACAUAUAUUCAUACAAUGUCACUAUUUCAAGUAAAAUUUCAUGAUAGUGUGCAUAUAAGGUUACAAUGCUAGUAUAUAACCACAUAUGCAUGGAAUGACACUUUUAUAAAAAAAUGCCACCAAAUGACCUCAUAAAAAUUGACUAAAAGUGUAUCAGUUCUCAAUUUCUCAAUGUGCUGGUAUUUUGCUUUUAACCUAACACAUAUUCAUAAAAUAUCACUAUUUAUGGCAGAAUGUCAUCAGUUUCUCAAAUUGUAAUUCAAUGUGAUGUUACUUUGCUUUCAACAUAACACAUGUGAUGACAGUCUUCAUAUAAACUUAGAAUGCUAGUAUGUAACCAUAUUCAUGAAAUGUCAUUUUCAUAUGAAAUGCCAACAUAUUCUUCUUUAUUUAACGCAGAAUGUGAUGACAAUCUUCACAUAUGCUUAGAAUGCCAGUACAUAAUCACAUAUUCAUGGAGUGUCACUUUCUUAUAAAAUGCCAACAUAUUCUUCUUGAUUUAACGCAAAAUGUCAUGACAAUCCUCAUAUAUGCUUAGAAUGCCAGUAUAUUACCACAUAUUCAUGAAAUGUCACUUCCAUAUAAAAUGCCUACAUAUUCAUGUUUAUUUCACACAGAAUGUCAUAAUAGUCUUCACAUAUGCUUACAAUGCCACUAUAUAACAACAUGAUGAUGUAAUCAAAUGUUACUAAACAUGUCAUUUAAUUUACUCCGAUUGCCAUAGUAUUCAUCGUACGAGAUUUUUCACAUCUAAUUUAAAACCUAUUUACAUUCAGCAAAUUUACUCCGAACUCCAUUAACUGUCAAACGACAUUCAAUUUCAGGCAUUCCUAUAAGAAAUAAGUACAUACCAUUUCGGAAUUGAUUUUGAUGGCAACUGUAUUUGAUAAAUCUAGGGCUUUGUCCUCCAUUGCUUCGACCUUCAAGUGUCCUCAACGAAGCGACUCUGCUCAACUAAGCGAUUCUCCUUCAACUGUCGUCUAAGUGGAAGUUUUACAGACUCUGAGUUUUGAACUGAGAUGAAGUUAUGUGGACUGAAUGCCUCUUCUAUCGAAAGCUCUCAGCGCCACCAAACCACCACCACAGCAAUCACUGCCGGCGGUAUCACCGCCGCCGACAUCACUACCACUGCCAUCAUUGCCGCCGCCGUCGUUGCCGACAGUACUUCCGCCGCAACCAUGGAUCAUUGCCGGCACAAAUCCACCGCUUUUGUCAAGUGAUUCUGGACCGUAUUCAGUGGAGGAGCUGGGGAGGGGCAUGAGGGGGCAAGCUCCUCCGCUUCGGGCAAAAAAAAUUACUACUAGUAGUUAUAAUAUACUUAAUGCGCCCCCUUCUUUUUUCAAAAAUAAAUAGAUUAACUGUUAAAAUAAAAGACAAAGUCUUUCAAGAAACAUACGUGUCUCUAGGAAUACAAGUAUUGGCUGCAGCAUACCACAUUCAUUUGAAUGAAAGUGUGGAUUGUUUUAGACCUUUAAUGACACACGGAUUGAUUUUUCGUGGUUAUAGUGAGCAAGAAAGUAUUUAGUUUGACAAAUAUGUUGUCACAUUUCUUGCAACAAAAAGAUCAAAAGAUUCUCAAGACUAUGUUGGAUUCCCUGCUUAGUGGAGAAAUUCAUUAGUAUUUUAGAAUUCUCAGAGAUGUCCAAGAUUCUCUAUAUGUGUGUAAAGAAGUAUUGAAUGUUCUAGAAUAAUAAUGUUGAGUUUUCUAUAGAAGUCCGGAACUCACUAAAAUCGUGUGGAAGUGUUUGGAAACCUUUAGAACAUUUUGGAGAAUUGUGAUGUUCUCUAAAUCCUUCUAGAAGAUUAUAAAAGCUUAUAGAUACUUUUUGGAAAAAUCUUGAUGUAUAGUAGUGUAUGAAAAAUUCUAGAGAAGCUUUGAUGAGAUUAGUAUAGAGACGCUUCUUGUUUAUAUGUUAACCUUGAAAAGAGCUCUAGAGUGAGUGAAAGUGAGUCUCCUUGAGAGAGGAGAGGGAGAGCCUUCUUGUGAGAAAAGAAGACUCAAAGAUAUUGCUUGAUGAAGUAUAUGUGAUCGAGUUAGGUAGAGUGAAGUAGUCUCAUAUACAAAGAGUAAGUGAGGGUAAUACAAAGUGAUAUUGUCAGAUUGAGUCUUUGUAUUAUGAGUGUGUACAAGAGUCUAUGAGCUCGUGAUCUUGGAAAAAACCGGAGGUCUUGUUUUUCCCAACAUUUAGAUAUUAUAUAACAUUUUGAACAAAUAAAAACUCAUAUGAUUGAUCCACCCAGAUUUUAGAUAUAAGUCAAGUAGUAUGUAAUGAACUAAUUUGUAUGACGUAUUACGCUUUUAUUAUUUUUAUUAUAUUUCGAGCAAAUAUAUAACAACUCCUAGCCUUCAGUAUGCCCCCCUCGAAAAAUCUCUGACUCCGCCACUGACCGUAUUACAAUCACUAUGUUGGCCGCUCACCCAGUGACUACCACUGGCCAUGUUUAGUGACAACCUCCGUCCACGUUCAGUGAAAGUGACAACCUCCAUCCACGUUCAGUGGAACCAUCGCCCAAUUCCAGUGACCAUGGUUCGUUCAGUGACCGCCUUUCAGUGAUUGCCGUUCAACUUCAGUGAUUACCGUCACCGUUAGCCGCUAGCCGUUCAGUGAUUACCGUUCAAUUUCAGUGACUACUAUCGCUGCCUGCCGGCAGUGAACACGGCCUCGUCCAUUUACCACAGCCGACCACACAUGUGCCCUCCCCAGCCCCAAAAACCCUCUCUUGCUCCAUCCCCGGUCCCGGAACCCCUACUCCCUGCCCAUCCCCAGACCCCCUCCCCUGCCCCCUGCCCAUCCCCAGACCCCCCUACCUCCUGCCCAUCCCCAGACCCCCUACCCCAUCAGAUCGACUGCUCUCCGUCGAUAUGAACCUUGGCUGACUGUCAGUUGCCAUAGGGGCGGCUCUCAAAUAGAAAAGGAGGGAGAAGAGAUAGAAGAAGAGUAGAGUUAUGGUGGCGUACUGGCGGUGAGCGGGCGGGCGAAGCAGCAAUUGCGACUUCGGCCGUCUAUACACGGAAAGGGGCUGAGUAAAUCGACGAAGCUAGGUGGAGCUUCGCUGCGGUAACUGGCGACGGUGCUAGAUUUCUGACAAUGAAGCUAGGUGGCGGUGCAAUGGGACUCUGGGAGGCUUAUGGGCAUAUGGCAGAGAGGAUCGGAGAAGAUGGACAAGGAUUAGCGAUGCAGGAUAACUGGAAAACUGAGGCGACUGAUAAGGCAUAUACGGUGUAUCAGUUAGGCGGCGGUGUAUUAUUUAGUUACUUUUCUGUCAAAUUUAAAAACUAGUCAUAGAAUUGUUAAUUAAAACUCUAGAAGUAAUAUCCCAGUCAUUAUUUCUUUUUUUAAAUCCCAAAAAUGUGACCAAGGAUAAAACAUCUUAUAAAUUUCCCGUAAGACACGGGGUAUUUUAAGUUGGUAUGUUUUCUGUUCAAGAUCAGAUCAUAUCAGACUUAAACAUAUUAAUCAGACCACACCAGACUUUCAUAGUUAUAAAAUGCAUAAAGAUCAAAUAUUUACAAAAACAAAACAUAUCACUUCACAUCAGACCGGACGAGACUAGACUUAAACAGACCAGACCAACAAAUUUUAGUCCAAGUAAAAACAUCCACAGUGAUUCCUACACAACGACCAACUGCCACAGUGACCAAUUUUUCGCAGCGACUUUCAUCUAGUGACCAUCACCAUAGUGACCACCACCGGCUAGCGACCACCGCCACAGUGACCACCACCGGCUAGUGAUCACCGCCCAGAGUGACAUGUCACCACAAUGACCUCAAUGCACGGGAACAAUCACAAUGACUACUUGACCAAUGACAUUUUACACACCAGCUCCUUCACCUUCUGAUGACAACCGUCAUCGACUCCUCCAUAACCUCAGCCACCACCCCAAACCCAGCCCCUUACUUGGCCCAUUUCCCAACAUCUCCCCACACAAAGGAUUUGAGAAGAACAAAACCCAAAAUUUGAACCCGGCCUAGCCGUCACACAUCUUGAACCUCUCCAUGGUUUUACAAUGUCGUCGGAUGUUGAACCCCAAAAAUUGAAGGAUUACUAGCGUUGAUGAAAAAGAAAGAAGAAGAAGCAGACGAUGACGAAGAAGACUCUGCCGUUGAAUUAUCAGUCGCCAUAAAUGGAGGCUCCAUCUUUGCUAAAGCAGACGAUUUGUCUUCGGUUGUCGCUGUCAAUGCAAGCUCCAUCUUUAUUGUAGCAAAGGGGUUGUCUUCGGUUUUCGCCAGAUGAAAUGGAGGUUCCGCCUUCGUUACAGUAGAGGAUUUGCGUUCGGUUUGUCGCCGUCAAUGGAGGUUUCAUAUUCCCGAACAUGUAUAACAGCAUAUGCAUCGAAUCAAGUUAAUCAAUAACUCUACAAAUCUCAUUUAAGUCGUCAUUUAUCUCAACUACAUAUGAACUAUUCAUCGCGAAUUAAAUUUUAACAAAAUUCACACUUUUACUAAUGUAACUUGUGAGAAAGUUUUGAGUGAGUCACUCAUCCCAAGACUACUCUCGUACAGUCACGCUUAAUUUGGAGUUCUUAAGAGAUGAAUUCCUGAAAAAGAGAUGCACCUUGUUGAUAUGAGUACAACUAUUAAUUCUCUUAAGCUAAUCUCAAGUAUUACAGUCACCCCCACUUAGGAAUUCAACUUCUUCGUCACGCUCAAACCGAUUUCAAUUAAGCCCUAGAAUCCUCCCUUACUAAGUUCCAUAUGAUAUCCACCAUAUCAACACAUUGUCGCGGGGUUGCUCUAAUACAACUUAUAGCACCCGACCCUGCACAGUCUGAGGUCAUUACUCUUGAAUGCUCUCCUGACCUAACAUUGUUUUCACAAAACAACACAAUCCUGUCACCGUGCACUUUGUCCACACUCAUACGCGCCUCGAGAAACUUUUCGGGGGUCACCCAUCCCAAGACUACUCCCAUGCACACACGCUUAACAUAGAUGUCAUAGGAGAUUAGCGCCUUAAAAUGAGAUGCACAUUGUUGAUAAAAUGAGAUGCACAUUGUUGAUAUGAGUAAGACUAUUAAUUAUUUUAAGCUAACCUCAAGCCAGGUAUAACACCAUAUACAGUGAAAAAGUCAGAAAAACAUCUCGAAGGUCAAAACUUAACUAUAUUCGGCAUCAAAAGAGUGGAUUAUUUUUAAAUAUCAUUUCAGUUGAAUAUUUCACAUGUAAUUGAGACAAAUGACAGCUUAAAUGAGAGUUAUAGAGCUGUUGAUUUGAUAAAUAUGCCAUUUGUUGUAAAUUCUG